CCAAUUCUCAGUUGUCAUUUUUGUACAAAGAAACAUAUAUAUAUUUUUUUUUCAAGAACAUUAUCAACUUAAAGAUGCAAGAAGACGCAUGCCAGCAAGUCAUAGCCCGCAAUGUGCCUCUGUUAGUGCGACUGCUAUUGGAUUCCCCCAUCGAUGACGGGAAAAAGGAUGUUGGAAUUGAAUGUAAGAUUGACUCGGCCACCUUCGAGAGUUGCCUCAACUAUGCCCAGAACUACCUAGCCCAUUCUGACCACGAGGAGUGCAGUCCGGAGGGCGUGUGGAUUAACAUGAAUCACUUUUUAGAGCGCUUUCGCAGCGAAAGGUUAGCUGAAUUCGGGAAAACAUUCCAGCAGCUGGCCAAUGUGGUGCUAAACCAUCCAAUUUGUCAGAACCACAUCCAGCCCAAUCUUCAGUGGCGUUUGAUGGACUUUUUGCUUCACGUGAAUUACAAGGCCUUUCAUGAGGUUCAUCGGAACUAUCAUGAAAUGGAGCAAAAGCGAAAGAAUAUCCUGGAGGCCGUCACUAUGGCCACUGAAUCUUCGGAUGUUGUUCGCGAGGAACUGAGAAAAGCAAAGGUAUCAUUGGCUGUGAUAGCGCGUCAAGAUACUGGGAAACAUAUUAGCCCAUCUAGUAGCCAGCACCUUUGCAAAGCAGAAAUUAAGUCAACAGCGGAAAUUCUUCCCAUUAAUUUUCCUUCUGCCAAAGAGGAACAAUCUGAUUCAGUGGAACUCCCGGAACAAACCUACUCUACCUAUGUUAAACCUCAAUCUAACAAGAUCCAAGUCAAAGACAAGUUUGUCAUGAAAGAUGCCAGGUUGGAGCUGGAACUGAAUCUCACUCAGGAUGAGUCUGCGGCAGAAAAGGCCUCACAGGUAACUUGCUUUCGGGAAGACAAUGAUCUGCUCUCCAGGAUUAAAACACCUUGGUGGCAUGUUGAUGUCCAUGUCUACCAUCAGCCGCGAAUUUUGGCCAGCAGUUUCACUCGGGGCUACGGUGACUUUUUAAUUUAUCAGCUCAGGGAAUGCCACAAUUCGUUGAGAAGGACAAGUGAGGAGCACCAGCUGUUGAACGAACUGGUUAUCUUCUUCUUUACAAACCCAAACGAUAGUCAUUUGGAUAUGUUGAAUGAGAAAAUGGAAUUGCAGAUAAGCGAACCUUCCACUUGUGCAUUAAGGCACUUACUGGAGGGUCCACACUUGGAUCGGGUUGUUAGUUUAGUGAAGAAAAUGAUUUACCUAAGGGAGAUGAUUGAAACUCAUGCCAUUAAAAGGAUAAGUGGUGAUCGCGUGGAGACCCUAACCUUUCUCAGUAUAUCUCUACGGCGGCUUCUUCGUCCUGUGAUGGAGUUUCUGGUUUACUACGAGAGGCGUUUGACGAGAGGUACUGAAACUCCUACCCUGCAGCACUUUAUAGAGACCACAAAAGAGCCUUUGCAAAGGAUAAGUUUGCUGUAUGAACUCUCUAAGGACAAUAAAGAAGACCAUCCUUCGGUGCGAAGCUUAAGAAUCUUAAACUCUUUAUUGUCUCAUAGUACAAGAAGCACUCAGCCUAAACUUAUGAGAUCCUUAAGUGCAUCCCUGCUUCUGCACUCCCUGCAGGCUUACUGUCAGUUCUUGGAUAGUUGGUGGUCAACCGGCGAGCUCUCAGACUGGUACGAAGAGUUUCCUUACCAAAGCCAGCGGAUCGAUGGACGAACGGAGUAUACGUUAAGAGAGAUAUGUAUUGAAAAGAAGGAAGAGCUAAAAAGUGAUUUGAUUGAUAUCAUUCAGGGACAUAUCUUUGAGUCCUCUCAGGCUGUGGCAGUUCUCUACGAUACCCGUAAGCUGGGUGAAUUCAACUCCUUGCAUUUCAUCGCUCCCCAGGAGUCUCUACACACUUCAUUGAUGAAAGCAGUUCUCCAGGAAGUGAUUCCUUAUCAAACUGAGUUAUUAGAAGAGAACAGCUAUGUUCCGGAUAUCCUCCAGCAGUUGGAGGCCACUGAACAGAUUACUUUGCGACGGUUGUUCUACUCCUUUUACAUGGAAACUCGACCAGAUCCGCUGAAACCAGUUGGUUGUUCCAUUGAGGCGAUGAUCAGAAACUUUGAGGUCUGUGCCAGCUACACUCCCAUAUCAGAAAUCAUCAUUAAGGAGCUGCAAAGAUUACUUCAACGUAGAAGCCUGGUGGCCAACUCUUAUGUCGCUGACUUGAUUAAUGACCUGCAUAAGAUAGUAAAACACCUACGAUCAGUUUAUCUCCACCUGAACUAUGACCUCUUUCGGAAUGAGUUCAAGAUGCUAUUUAUGUUCCUUGAAAGAAACAAACUCAUGGAGGCAUCUAUUAAGUUAAGGGAGAUAGUGGUUUCCCAGGAUACCCAAUUGGGUUAUCUCUUUCAAGUCCGUUUAUGUGGACCUCAUCCUGACAAUAUCUCUCUAAGGAUCCACUAUGAUCCGCUACUCAAUCGUGUGGUCACUCAGGAUCAAAUAGAGGAGAUGAGCUCUUACUUCCGUCUACUCUUAAACAUGCACUUUUCUCUCUAUCAGCUUAAACAUUUACCUUCUCUUGAUAACAGCAAGCAACAGCAAUUGGUUGAAGCCUUGAAAUCUCUACAGGUUCACCUAAGGUCCAUCAUCAAAGAGCAGCUUUCAAAUCUUGACAAAGCUUUUAAGAGACUACAGAACUUAUAUUCCUACGAAACUGGUUUCAAUGAGUUUACUGUUUUGACAGAAUUAAGACAAAUCCAAGAGGUUUUCAUUUUUCAAAUGAAGGAAAAGUUGCAGAAGGAAUUCGAAGAAGGACGACAUAGUUUUGGCGGGGAAGAGGUCCUUAACAUUAGUACUAUUUUGGUGGCACUAUGGCUGAGGGUCAGUACCCUUAUAGCCGACCAUGACAAGCAGAAAACGAGUAACAUCUGGGAGGUUAAGUACGAGCGGUUGAGCUACCACUACCUGAGGUGCACUCUGAGGAAGUGCAAGGCGAUUGGCUGUUUCCUUGGGCAAGGCUAAUAUGGGAGAAUGUAUUUUACUACUUACCAAUUGGUUUUUGAUUCGACAUUUUGUUUAUUUUUUAUUAUUUAUUAUUUAAAUAAAUAUUUUAAAGUACA